GUUAGAACUCCGUGAACCGGUUGCGUUGCGUGUGUGUUUGGUCGCUGGGGGAACCGUCAGGAUGGCGGGGAAGAGCGGGGAGGAAAAGAUGAAGGCGAUGGAGGCGGAGAUGGCGCUGUUUGAGCAGGAAGUUCUGGGCGCUCCAGUGGAUCCUGUUCCGUUGUCCAUCCCAGCGGUGCCGUUUAUUCGUCCCGUUAUUGCGACAAACACCUAUAGCCAGGUGCAACAAAGUCUAGAAGCGAGGGCAACUGCUGCGGCCAAUGUUGUGGGACCCAUUAUUGUUCCACCAGUGCAUUUUGUUGGCCCAGCCAUCCCUUUCCCUAGACCACCAGUGAUGAGACCCAGUUUCAUCCCUCAUGCUUUGCAGCGACCAGCUGAGCCUCACGGAGUCAGGCCUCGUCCUUCCUUCAUCCCUCAUGUUUUGCAGCACAGAGCUGCCGGCCCCCGACACCCAGGAAUGCCUCCCCCUCAGCCUUUAAUGGCCCAUCACAUGCACGGCCCACCCCCACCACUGAUGCGACACAUACCUCCUCCUCCGCUGGGCAUGCGCCCCGGCCCCCCUCCUAUGGGACCUCUACUUCCCCCGCCUCGUCCCAUGGUACAGUCUGCUCCAAAGAUAAACCCUACAGUCAUCCAAGCUGCCCCCACUGUCUAUACUGCACCCCCAGUAAGGAAGCCAGAGGAGGAUAUUGUGGAACCCCCAAUAAUACCGGAAGAGAAGGAAAGUCUUGGCUAUGAUGAAGCCGUUAUUGGCCCCAGUAUGCCUGAAAUGGAACCGGUGCAACCUGAGGUGCUCAUGGAACCGGUGCAAGAGGAUAAAAAGAAACCAAAGCCGGAGAAAUUAAAACGGUGCAUCCGCACUGCAGCCGGAACGUCUUGGGAAGAUCAAAGCUUAUUAGAAUGGGAAUCCGAUGACUUCCGAAUAUUUUGUGGGGAUUUGGGAAUCGAGGUGAAUGAUGACAUCCUUGCUCGCGCUUUCAGUCGUUACUCCUCCUUCCUGAGAGCCAAAGUCAUCCGGGAUAAACGCACAGGAAAGACUAAAGGCUUCGGCUUUGUGAGCUUCAAGGAUCCCAAUGACUACGUGAGAGCCAUGCGUGAAGUCAACGGCAAAUACGUAGGCUCUCGCCCUAUAAAGCUGCGGAAGAGCCAGUGGAAGGAUCGCAAUAUAGAAGUCGUGCGCAAGAAGCAGAGGGAGAAGAAGAAGCUCGGCCUGAGAUAGAGAACGGACAGAUCUAGAACUACGGACAUGAACUCGGUAUUGUCCAACUCUUCUGUGUGAUUAGGGAUGCCCUCCAUCUCUCCAGCUCUUAUACACGUCCCCUGCACAGCUGGAGGGCCACACUGUUGCAUCUCUGCAUUUAAACUUUUAUCCUGUUUGCUUGGCGCCCAAUAGCCGACAAAUGGGGCAACCUCAGCUCUGGCAAGUGUUUGGUUUGUUUUCAUUGCCCUUCCCCGUUUAUCAGGACAAGCAGCUCCAUUAUAUUCUAGUGCUGUGUGCUGUCGCUCUGUGUUACUUUUAAUUCAAUGAACAACUCCUGUCCUGUUUUCCUACGCUCAAUACGAUCAUUAAACCUCAAAGGGCCACUAAAUUCACCAUCCCGGCUAAUAAAAACUCACUUGAUGCUUUUUAAACUAAAAUCCUUAAUCUCCCCCUAUUAUGUUAUAUAAUGGCCAAUUCUAAGCAACUUUUCAACUGGUCUUCAUUCUUUCUUUUGUUUAUAGUUUUGGAAAUAUUUGCCUUUUACUUCUGACUCUUUCCAGUUUUCAAAUGAGGGUCACUGACCCCAUCUCUGUAAGGCUACAGGUUUAUUGUUAUUGCUACUUUUUAUUACUCCUCUUUCUAUUCAGACCCUCUCUUAUUCAAAUCAAUGUAUGGUUGCUAGGCUAAUUUGGACCCUAGCAACCAUACGGCUGAAAUUACAAACUGGAGAGCUGCUGAAUAAAAAGCUAAAUAACUCAAAAACCACAAAUAAAAAAUUAAACCCAA